CCCCCUUCCGCCCUCUCUCUCCCGCUCCCCUGCAAGUCCACAAUCACAGCCAUUUUCUGUACUCGGUGCCUUCGUGCGCGUGCUCGGGGACUUUCCGGGAGGAUGGCCCGCACAAGUGGACUUCCCAGUUUGCGUGUAGGGUCUUGCCUGCCCCCUUGCAAACACCCGCCCUUUUCCACAAGCAGCGUUUAAGCUCGCUUGGUCCCCCUGGCCCGCUCGGAGGCUUUCCUGGCCGACCUGUUGGACGGCGUGUGCGAGCGCAUGAGCGAAUACAAGCUGGAAGAAGACCCGGUGACCAAGGAGAAGGCGUUUAAGAGAUUUGCCCCAAGGAAAGGAGACACAAUAUACAAAGAAUUUAAAAAAUUCUAUUUCUAUUCUGAUGCUUACAGACCUUUGAAAUUCGCGUGCGAGGCCAUACUAGAGGAGCACGAAGACGAGAUACUCUCCCUUAUCGCCCAGGAGGCACAUCACCUCGCUGACAAGCUGUGCAGUGGAAAGGCAGAUCUCUGCAAAACCGCUGCUAAGCAGACCGAGCUCUAGGGUGCCAGGCCCAUCAGGUGGUGAGGGGAGCCGCGGCGCACAGGUCAACAGCCACGUUCAUAUCUUCUUGUUUCUUCAUGGGAAGAAAGUCUGCAUCUCUCAUUUAUACCAUGUCGUCUCAUGUAGGACAUUUUUUUGGAAAAUCCGUUGUUUGGCAUCACAACAAACCUGGUUCUUCCUGGUUCUUUCUAUAGGGAGGUGAAGGAAGGCAUAAAACAAAUCAGCUUUCUGGAUUUUGGUACAGACAGAGUUGGGAGUAAAGCAUUUAAUUUGAUAAUAAGAAAAAAGCGAAGCCAUUUCAUAAAUGAAAUAAGGAUCUGAUCAUGCAUAUUGUUGAUUUGGUGCACGUCUACAAGUAUCCCGUUCUCUUUGAUAAGAACUUGAUUUGAUUUCUUAAAUACUUGAUUGGUCAGGAAAUUAAGAAAAUAUAUUGCUACAAAUUCCAGAUUAUGUCUUCUUGGAUCUAUAUGGUGAUCAGUAAAAGAAACAAGCUUAUUUUAUAUCAGGAAUGAAAAUCAAAUUUCCAGCUUUAAACCCUAAGUUUAAAAACUUUUUAAUCUCUAAAAUGUAAUUGAAUACAUAAAAAAUAAUGAAUAUUUUUACAGCGAGCAGGACGGUGGUCUUUCUCAUGCGUACCUUCUGAAUUCAGAUGAUUCAGAAAGUCGAUUUAUGAUUACACUGUGCAUUCUUCAAAGAUGAUACCAAUGACCAUGUUUUGUUUUGCUGCAAACUCUAGCGUGUGUGUGUUUUAAAAGACUUUCGGCUAACAGCCAGCAUGUGUAUCUUCCUCCUAACUAACCUGUUAUUCUCCCGACUUGGGUGUUUUGGUAGGUGUGGAGGUGGAGGGGAGGGAAGAUCUUACGAGAAAUCACCCAUUGAUCACACUUUAUGCAGAACCUAGUAAACAUAUUGCUCUUGGGUAUUUCACUGUCUCUGUUAAAUUUACAUUCAAUGGAAUCUGACUUUAAUUAUUUAAAAUGUCAGGAUGUGUUCCACACACUUCUUUUUAAAAGAAGAAAUGCUUGUUGUUGGCAGUGAGAAUUUUCCAGAUAGGAUAAGAUAAAUUCUGCCCUCAAAGAGCAAAAUCUCUCUUGUAAUGUGGUCCAUCAUUGCCUGAAAAACUCAGCUAAGGCUUCGGCAAGGAGGGAGUUCUGAAACUUAGGAACAUUUACCAAAAUUAAGGGGAAGCAGUUUCCACUUUUUCCCUUCUUUCCCCUCACUUCUUACUGGAAGUCAGAAUUUUAGAUUCAUGUCACUUGUUUCUUUGGGGAAACGGAAAGGCAUGUGAUGUUUGGACACAUCUGUAGCUGGUUAACAAGGACAGACCCUACGUAUUGGAGCCCAGGGAACCUGCACUGAUAGAAAAUGGAAAUGGGCUUCCAGAACAAUUAGCCCCAUCUUUCAGUCAGAUAGCAAAGUUGUGAUUUACAGCACGGUCCCUACAUCUUUACGUAAACCUGUCUAUUUAAGAUUAAUUCAGCAUUUCAGAUAGCUCCGAGUCACGAACACCUCCCAGACUUGGGCUUCCUUGGUAGGUGCACUGCCCACGAGCCUGAUUCCUUCAUGAGAGCAUGACCGUGGCCGUGGUGGGCAGGUGCGCCCAGAGCUGGCACAUCCGUGACCAUGCAAGUGUGACCUCAGGCUUUCCAGACUCUCACUGGUCAUUGUCACAAAGUCUCAGAUACAGACACAGCUAACAACCUAAGUGAACCUGAGGGCUCCGUCUUCCUUCCCCCGUGGAAGUUCUCACGGGUGGUGAAACGCUUGCUUUGACCGGAGAGAACCACGCAUCUCGCCUCUAAUAGCGAUCCUUGAAGGUCUUGCCAAAUAUGGCUUUUCAGUUGUUUCUUAUCUCUGAGGAGAACUAGUCUUGUGUCUUCGAAGACUUUUGGUAGCUCCUGACUUACCUACUGGUUCUUUCCAGAAUUUUUUUCCCAGCUCAAACUUGUUAAGCUCAUGUAAAUACUGUGACUUGCUAAGUUACUGAUUAAAUAUACGUUUGUGGGAUAGACACGAUCACCACGUUUCUUACAGCUGCAGACAUGCGGGUGUUUCCUGUAGGGCACAGUCAGGCUGUGGUGCUUUCACUAAUGAGCGAUAAUGAGACAGAAUAGUUGCUCGCUUUAGCAUCCCUCUGAGCCACAGUCCCGCCUUCUUAAUGACGCUUGUUGACCCAAACCAAAACAAAGCAAAAAGCCUGGGGGAAAAAAAAAAAAGCAACACCCAAACACCCAAAGUGUGGCACAAAAGUUUCUCAGAAUCAAUGAAAAGCAACUUAAUUCUGGGUCAGAAAGAUUCCUGGAGGAAAAAAAGUGGGGGGUGUGAUGUUCAUUAAAAUAAUGGGGAGAGCAGGCACGUUCGGGCAGUGGUUUCAAGUCGUGCUUUUAUGAGACAGGUUCUUUGGGUCUCCCUGGAAGGCUCUGGGAACCUGUUCUCAUAAAGAGAAACCAAAUUGGCUGCAAUGCACUGUUUAUAUUCUGUUACGUGGAUCACUACUUGCUAAGAAUAAGCCAAGACCACUGAAUCCAUUUCACCGAGGAGUGGAAAGUGGAAUUGAGCCAAAGUCCCAAAUGGGAGAAAUCAAUACUUGAUUUACUAAGACAAGCCCUAAAAAACCAGAGUCAAUAGCUGGUUAUAUUUGUUCUGCCUACUUCUCGGCUUGGGUUGGUAUAUAUUCAUGUAUGUAAUGGCUUCAUGUAAAUAAAAAAAAUUUUAAGCUAUCACUCUUAAAAUUCAGGUUAUAAUGGAAUUGGAGGAGAAGCCAUUCUUUGAUGUGAUGCUGUGGCCUGUUUGAAGAUUUGACACAAAUUUUGGAGCUAAUCUUAAAUCUCGAAGCCCACCCAAUAGUAUAUUACGUAGUUUUAUACCAAAAUGUAAUUAGCAAUGAGAGUAAAUGGUCACAACACCUGUUAGACACAAGUGUAUGUUUUGCUAUGAUUUUCUGCCUGUAACUUUCUGCCCCUUCAUACAUUUCCUGAAAUUCUCAGAUUAGGUGCCUGGAUUUACAGCAAGGAACUGGAUAGAUCAAAGACCGAAGGAGAGAAAUGAAAUUGGAGUCCGGAAUCAUGGACGUUCACUGCCCUUGCGCUACCUAGGAUAAGACGCAGUAGACGACCAUGUCCUCUCCCUUAGUACCCAAUGCCCCUGGCCCUGAACGUGUAUUUGCUGAGGGGGAACAGCCCACUGGUUUUGUCCAUUUCCAGAACCUGCCCUUCUUGGAGAUGGUGAUUAAAUUUAAUGUACAGUGA